CUUUGAAUAGCCUGGGGCGAUGAAGUUAGGUGUCGGACUACAACCACUGAGUGAUUUAUGCCUACCUACUUUAGCCUGGAGUGAAUUAGCAUUUAAUCAGGGUGUUCUUUUAUUUAUCUUCCCUAGCAGAAAGUGAUAUGUGUAAGAAACAUUCCACAGAGUGAUAACCACCCACACUGGGCCUGUAAUAUCGAUUUUAUACAUGUGUAGCCUUGCAUGUCCCAAGAACAUAGUGUACACUUUUGCUGAUGAAUUUUCCUGUUAGGCCAGAUUUGGGCCAUCUGCACUGGUCAUGAGAGGGGCUCUGAAAGUGCGUUGUCUGUAGUAAUGAGCUGUCCUGGGAUAAACUGCAAUUCUAACAUAUGGCUCCUUCCACUACAGUAAUCCCAUUGUGGGGUUGUCCCAAAAGAGUAUUGCUGGAUGCCUGAUUUUAUGCCCAUUGUUUGCUGCUAGAGAAGAUUUUGCUUGUUCUUUUUUUAAGAUGGGCUGGAAAAUGUACAGCAAAAGAAAAUCUUUGAAGAGAAUAAGGAGAAAACACCAGAGAGAGAUGAGCCAUGUGCUGCUGAUUCAGUAGACUCUGUAAUGGCAGAAAUGCCAUUUGUGGACACAGAUAUUGAAGAUGAAUGUGCUAUGCAUGCAACUUCUGAACAAAGUAUUAAGAAGAAAAGAAAGCGGACUACUGGAAGGGAAAUUGAAGAAGGCAUUGAGAGAAAGAAAAAGAAGAAUAAGCAAUAUCAGCCAAAUUAUUUCAUUUCUCUUCCAAUUACUAAUCCAAAGAUUACUGACAGUAUUCAGGCUGUCCAAGAUGCAAUAAUAGAAAAGGAUCAAAGGCUUUCCAAAGCAAUGGUUCUCUCUGGCUCAUUCCAUGUCACCAUGUUAGUGAUGCAUUUAUCCAGUGAAGAAGAAAUUCGCAUAGCAGUUGAUGCUCUUUCAGACAGCAAGAUUUUUGUAGAGGAUCUCCUGGAAGGAAAAAGAGUGAAUUUGUCUUUUCAAGGAAUUGAUCACUUCAGAAAUCAAGUUGGAUUUGUGAAUUUGGCAGAAAAUGGUCAUACAACACUACUUAAGGAAAUAGCAGAGACUAUGAAAAAGAUAUUUCAAGAAAAAGGGAUCAUGACAGGAGAAGAAAGAGCUUUUAAACCACAUCUGACCUUCAUGAAGUUGUCAAAAUCAACAGAGCUACGUAAGCAGGUGAAAAAAAUUGACUCUGGUCUGUAUGAAGAUUUCAAAAACCUUUAUUUUGGAGAUGAGAUCUUGCACCGCUUUGAUCUUUGCUCCAUGUUGAAAAAAAAGCAACCAAAUGGUUACUACUACUGCGAGUCCUCUAUUGUUUUUGGAAUUUGGCCCCAGAAUGAGAUGUCUCCAUUUCCAGUUGUGUGGAGUCCAGUAUCUCAGAGUAGAGUCAAGAAAGGCUGAACUGAAUGCUGCGUUGAACAAGCCAGGCAUCAACAUCUCUUUGUCUUACGUUGUUUUUUGAGUUAGACAUCUCAUCCAACUGGGAUCCAAAACCUCUGCUUAUGAUACAUGUGUACUUUAAUCAGGUUUCACUUUUUAUUUUAAGGAGGAAAUACUUUUUACCUACAUAGUUUGCUUGCAAAUGAAACUUGACACCGGGACUUUUUUCUUCUCUCACUUUGGGGAAAUUCAAGCCUCUAGAGACUAGCAAAGCCAGAAGUAGCAGCUUAGCAUGGAAGCUGAAUGAUGCAUCAGUGUUUUUCAAGGAGCUUCACCAGAGCAGCAGAGAUUCAGAUAUCACAGAGCCAAAGAAUGAGCCCCACCCCUGCCCCAAAUCAGACUCUAUAAUCCUGUGAUUAUUUCCUGGAGUGUCUAGUCUUACAGAGGUCACAAGCACAAUGCUAAAAUGCUCACUCUUAAUCUUGUUGCUGAUUUAGAAAAGGGAGCGUCCACUUUCUAGAUCCUAAGCCUAGGCUGUUCAAACUGUGCCAGUUCUGAACAUUACUAUUUCUGCUAGUGGACAAAAGGAGAAUAUAUGGGGUUUAUUCAAUUUCUGGAUGCAGACGUAUCACUCCUGGCUGAAUACUCUGUUUGGUGCUUGUGUUUUUUAGGUAUUCAUUAGAAACAAAUUAUCAAUAUAUAGGAUUCAUACAUACAUGCAUACAUUUUAUAUUUAUGUCCUUGUGUGUUUGCAUGUUUGCAUAUAGUGCACAUGCAUGCAUGUUUACUGUAAGGUGAUGCAAAACACUGCUUUUAAGCAGCUCUGAGAUCCUUGCUAUCAAUUCAGCCCCAGCAUUGGGUGAUGUUUGUUUGCAUGGAGGAGGUUGUAAAAAGCACAGCAGAAAAGCAUUGAAUACAUGUGGGUUUGGACUGCCUUUGUCUAUGGGACUUGUAUGGUACCUUGACAUAUGUCCCAGCUGCUUCCUACCAGUUGCACAGUAGAUGCCCCUGUGAUAGGCUUUGGAUUGACUGCAGCCCAGAUGUUCAUUUUCUCAUAUAUUGUUAUUAUGUUAUAUAUCAUUAGUAUUGUUAGUACAUGUUUCAUUGAAAUGUUCCUUUUCUUUGGAAACAGUUCAGAGACUCUCAUACAUGAAUGUCCAUUUAAAGGAGCAUCUUUUUGGACUGUUGCAUGUUGUUACCUUUUGUAUGUGAGCUUAUUUUUCAAGGUAUGCUAGCUCUUGCAUUC